AUUAAUGCAUUAUAGUAGAAUAUUUUUCAUUAUAAAGUUGUAUCUAAACUAUUACAUGAAAAAAUGUGUAAAGUAAUUUUUACCAUUCUUGUAAUUUCAAUUCAAUUGACAUUAAAUCAAAAUUGUGAAUGCAUCAAUACUACCCUAGUAAGAAACAAUUAUUUUAAAUAUUUGACUGAGGUAGUAGAUCACAUUUGUCAUCAAACAAAAUGGAACUUAAUGAUAAACGAAUUAUUGAUUUCGAACUCAGAUAAAGAGCUAUUAAGACAAAAAGUUGAGAAAAGCAAUUUUUUGUUUAUAUUUAAUUACAUCGUGAAUAUAUUUAACUAUAAAUACAUAGAAAUACUACAGACUUUCGUUGAACACGUAGGUAUAUUAAUUGAAGAAUGUGAAAAUUAUUUAACAGCACAAUUAUUUAAUAAUUUUAUGGAUUGCACAGCAAUACUUGAAAUUGAAAUGAAGAAAUCUACUGAAAUGUUCAAUCGUAUAUACAAAGUAAUGUGGUUUUUAAGUUAUUUAGAUGUUAAACGCGUUUUUGUAAAAAUUACAAGUAACCCAUAUACAGUAGUUGAUGAAGUGUAUUUGGUUAAGCAUUUUAUAGAUAGUAUUCGAAUAAAAGAUCAUUCAUGGCUUGCUAACAACGAAGAUGAAUAUAUCGCUAAAGUAAAUGAAGCACUAGUAGUCAUUAUUAAUACAAAAGAACUUAUUAAGAAGGUGACUGAAAGAGCAAUUUCUGUUUUAAAUGAAAUGAGUGCACUAUUAGUUACACCUCAGCGACUUGAUUUAAAGUUUAAAUACAAAAACGAAUAUCAUUCCCAAGAAUUUAUUGAAAAUGAUUUUUUUCAUUUUGUAUUAAAUUGUCUAAAUUCAUUUUAUAAGAUUACAAAGACAAAUUAUUACGAUAAUUUCAAAUUCGACAUAAUACUAAACCCUGACGUAUAUAACGUAAAACAACUGAUACCUCCACAAGAAGAACCAUUACCUCUUGAUAAUGAAUUAACAACUUUAAAAAGACUUGUCGAUGAAGGAGAAUGGAAAAAUAUCGAUCACAUAUCAAUUAUUCAUCAUGGACUAGUUAUAAGUGCAAACCGCAUAGUAAGAGAUCCAGUUAGUAUGCAUGGCUUUAAUCUCAAAAAACAAUACAUAUUACAAUUGUUAAAGUGUAGAUUUUUUGAAAUGUUUUCAAAUUUUUAUUCAUAUUUUUCUCCCAUUGUACUGUAUUGUAAUCAAUUAAGCAAAACUACUUAUCUAUAUUUAUUAACAUACAUUAAUUGUAUAAAAAACUUAUAUGAAAUAAGUAAAAGCUCAAAAUAUUUUUUCAAUAAAAUCUAUUCGGUAGUGAAACACUUAAAAGAUGUAUCAAUUUGGGAAGUUACUAGUGUUCGUAUCUCUUUAUCAUCCACUGAAAAAUUUUUAGAAUACUUUAUUGAAACGUUUAAUAAUGAUUAUUUGUAUGAAGAUGUUUUUAAAGAAAAUACAGAACCGUUUCUCAUGACUAAGGCAUAUAAUUAUCUAAAAGAUAUGAUUCAUAAAAGAACAAUUUUAAACGAAGAAUUAUAUAGAAAAUCGAAGCCUCUAGUUAUACGCUGUCAAUUUCUAGAGAAAUCUAGUCCAGUUAUUAGUAAUCCAGAAAAAAUUAUGAAGAAAAAUGAUGAUUUAACGGAUAUUAAAUCAAUAGAUGAUCAUCUAAAUGCCUGUAUUGAAUUAUCCACAUUCUGCAAAAACUCUAUUGACAUUGAUUUUAAAGAUAUGGGAUUCGAUAAAAUUUUUUGAAUUUGAAUUAUGCUAAUUAUUGAUUUCUUAAAAUUUAUUAGUUAACGUUAUAUUUGUAUUAAAUAAAU